AUGCUCCUCCUGUCUCUGCCCAAGAUUGGGACGUGCAUCUCUGACGAUGGCCACCCCAUCAGUAACAUUACUUGGUACAAGGAUGGCAAAGAGGUGGUUGCCAGCAGGAACGGUGAGAAACCAGCUGAAGCGCAGGUCAAAGUCCACAUUAUAAAGAACCAGAACACACAGCUUUACACAACGGAGUCGACACUGUCCUAUACUCUGACAAAGAAGGAUGUCAGUGCGGUCUUUGAGUGUCUAGUGGUCUUUCCUUCCCAAGGAGGGUGCGUGGUGCAGAGGACCAGGUCCAUUCGGGUCGACGUGCACUAUGCGAUCGAGAAUGUUGAGAUAGAGGUGGAACCUUCGGACGAAUUGAUCGAUGAAGGGGAGAGUAUCACGCUGAAAUGCCGGGCUGACACCAACCCGCCACCGAUUGAGUACAUGUGGGAAAAGGAUGGGCAGCAGUUAGGCACCUUGGACCAGUACACCAUCCAGGCGGUGAGCAAGAGGGAUGAAGGAGGUUACCAGUGCACCGUCUUUGACUUCAACUUCAACAAGCGAUCGGCCCAGAAGGAGAUCAGAGUGAAGGCGAGAGAGAAUAACAACGCGUUAGACAGUGUCGGACGAGGUAACUCGAUUUUCACUGCGGGGAGUCACUCAAAAGAUGGUCACGUUGGGCCUGGGAACCUGAACCGAGUUGGCAUGGUGAUUGGGAUCAUCGUCACAUUGUCUCUGGUGGCCUUCUUCAUCUCCAUCGCCUACUACAUCUGCUACCAUCGACAGAAGAAGGAAAGGAAACGAUUGGAGGAUUUCGAGGAGACAAGAGCCAUGGAUCCAGAGAAGGCCCCUCCGACAGCAGAGACACUCGCGUGAGAGGUGGGUCAACUGCGUCAAGAUUCACCAGGGUUUAAUUGUUAAAUGGUGGCAAAUUUUCAUUUUUUUUUUUUUUUUUUUUUUAAAUCAAAAAAUGUAUUCAAUUAUUAAAAAAUAAUAUUUACACUACAAUAAAACAAGCCAGAACCCACUAAUAAACUAUUAUACAAUUAUGAUACAAUCCUUAUUGAGGAUACAUUCAACACCCUGCGGAGCCCAGCGGUCCCGGAAAUCCCUCAGGGUAGGGGUGUCACAGUGGGUAGAGUUGCUGCCUCACAGCACCAGAGACCCAGGAUCGAACCUGAUUACGGGUGCUGUCUGUACGGCGUUUGUACGUUCUCCCUGUGAUCGCGUGCGCUUUCACCGGCUGCUCCGGUUUCCUCCCACGUCCCAAAAACGUGCAGGCCUGUAGCUUAAAUUAUAACCAUAUAACCAUAUAACAAUUACAGCACGGAAACAGGCCAUAUCGACCCUUCUAGUCCGUGCCGAACACAUAAUCUCCCCUAGUCCCAUAUACCUGCGCUCAGACCAUAACCCUCCAUUCCUUUCCCGUCCAUAUAACUAUCCAAUUUAUUUUUAAAUGAUAAAAACGAACCUGCCUCCACCACUUCCACUGGAAGCUCAUUCCACACAGCUACCACUCUCUGAGUAAAGAAGUUCCCCCUCAUGUUACCCCUAAACUUCAGUCCCUUAAUUCUCAAGUCAUGUCCCCUUGUUUGAAUCUUCCCUACUCUCAGUGGGAAAAGCUUUUCCACGUCAACUCUGUCUAUCCCUCUCAUCAUUUAAAAAACCUCUAUCAAGUCCCCCCUUAACCUUCUGCGCUCCAGAGAAUAAAGCCCUAACUUGUUCAACCUUUCUCUGUAACUUAGUUGCUGAAACCCAGGCAACAUUCUAGUAAAUCUCCUCUGUACUCUCCCUAUUUUGUUGACAUCCUUCCUAUAAUUAGGCGACCAAAAUUGUACACCAUACUCCAGAAUUGGCCUCACCAAUGCCUUGUACAAUUUUAACAUUACGUCCCAACUUCUAUACUCAAUGCUCUGAUUUAUAAAGGCCAGCACACCAAAAGCUUUCUUUACCACCCUAUCUACAUGAGAUUCCACUUUCAGGGAACUGUGCACAGUUAUUCCCAGAUCCCUCUGUUCACCUACAUUCUUCAAUUCCCUACCAUUUGCCAUGUACGUCCUAUUUUGAUUUGUCCUGCCAAGAUGUAGCACUUGGUAAAUUAGCCUUGGUAAAGAUUGUAAAUUGUCCCUAGUGUGUCGAUUAGUGCUAUUGUACGGGGAUCGCUGGUUGGCGCGGACUCGGUGGGCUAGAGUCCGUUUCCAUGCUGUAUCUCUAAAUAGACAAUAGACAAUAGGUGCAGGAGGAGGCCAUUUGGCCCUUCCAGCCAACACCGCCAUGCAAUGUGAUCACCCCCAAUCAGUACCCCGUUCCUGCCUUCUCCCCAUAUCCCCUGACUCCGCUAUUUUUAAGAAGCCCUAUCUAGCUCUCUCUUGAAAGCAUCCAGAGAACCUGCCUCCACCGCCCUCUGAGGCAGCGAAUUCCACAGACUCAACACUCUCUGUGAGAAAAAGUGUUUCCACGUCUCCGUUCUAAAUGGCUUACUCCUUAUUUACACUUACAAAGUACUUACAAAAUUCUUAAGGGGUUGGACAGGCUAGAUGCAGGAAGAUUGUUCCCGAUGUUAGGGAAGUCCGGGACAAGGGGUCACAGCUUAAGGAUAAGGGGGGAAUCCUUUAAAACCGAGAUGAGAAGAACUCUUUUCACACAGAGAGUGGUGAAUCUCUGGAACUCUCUGCCACAGAGGGUAGUUGAGGCCACAGUUCAUUGGCUAUAUUUAAGAGGGAGUUAGAUGUGGCCCUUGUGGCUAAGGGGAUCAGGGGCUAUGGAGAGAAGGCAGGUACGGGAUACUGAGUUGGAUGAUCAGCCAUGAUCAUAUUGAAUGGCGGUGCAGGCUCGAAGGGCCGAAUGGCCUACUCCUGCACCUAAUUUCUAUGUUUCUAUUCUUAAACUGUGUGGCCCCUCUGGACUCCCCCAACAUCGGGAACAUGUUUCCUGCCUCCAGCUUGUCCAAGCCCUUAAGUAUCUGUGUUCUGGUGGAUGCCCUGUACAAUCUUCCAUUCUUUCUUAGCAGGAACAGUGAGCACUGAGGAAGAACACCCAACCUCGCUGAUGAAUCCCGAGAGGAACAUCCUACCAAAGACCGAGCUAGCUUGUCUAUCUUAAACAUUGGCCUUUGGUGCAUCUUAAAGCAUUUACAACCUGUCCAUAGAGUUAUACAGCAUGGAAACAGGCCCUUCAGCCCAACUUGCCCACACCGGCCAACAUGUCCCAUCUACACUUGUCCCACCUGCCCGCUUUUGGUCCAUAUCCCUUCAAACCUGUCUUAUUCAUGUACCUGUCCAACUGUUUCUUAAACGUCGGGAUAGUCCCAGCCUCAACUAUAGAAACAUAGAAAUUAGGUGCAAGAGUAGGCCAUUCGGCCCUUCGAGCCUGCACCGCCAUUUAAUAUGAUCAUGGCUGAUCAUCCAACUCAGUAUCCCGUACCUGCCUUCUCUCCAUACCCUCUGAUCCCCUUGGCCACAAGGGCCACAUCUAACUCCCUCUUAAAUAUAGCCAAUGAACUGGCCUCAACUACCCUCUGUGGCAGAGAGUUCCAGAGAUUCACCACUCUCUGUGUGAAAAAAGUUCUCCUCAUCUCGGUUUUAAAGGAUUUCCCCCUUAUCCUUAAGCUGUGACCCCUUGUCCUGGACUUCCCCAACAUCGGGAACAAUCUUCCUGCAUCUAGCCUGUCCAACCCCUAUCUCCUCUGGCAGCUUGUUCCAUACACCCACCACCCUUUGUGUGAAAAAGUUACCCCUCAGAUUCCUAUUAAAUGUUUUCCCCUUCACCUUGAGCCUGUGUCCUCUGGUCCUCGAUUCCCCUACUCUGGGCAAGAGAUGGUGCGUCUACCCGAUCUAUUCCUCUCAUGAUUUUAUACACCUCUAUAAGAUCACCCCUCAUCCUCCUGCGCUCCAAGGAAUAGAAUCCCGGCCUGCACAACCUCUCCCUAAAGCUCAGGCCCUCAAGUCCUGGCAAUAUCCUUGUAAAGGUAUUUCCUUGAGAAAUAAAAUAGCGAUUUAAUAUUUUGCGACUGACUUCAAGCCCGUGUGCCCUGUGGUUUUGUAAGUUGCCCAUUCUGAUGACAUAAAGAGAGGUAGAAAUAUAGUAACAUAGAAAUUAGGUGCAGGAGUAGGCCAUUCGGCCCUUCGAGCCUGCACCGCCAUUCAAUAUGAUCAUGGCUGAUCAUCCAACUCAGUAUCCCGUACCUGCCUUCUCUCCAUACCCCCUGAUCCCCUUAGCCACAAGGGCCACAUCCAACUCCCUCUUAAAUAUAGCCAAUGAACUGUGGCCUCAACUACCCUCUGUGGCAGAGAGUUCCAGAGAUUCACCACUCUCUGUGUGAAAAAAGUUCUUCUCAUCUCGGUUUUAAAGGAUUUCCCCCUUAUCCUUAAGCUGUGACCCCUUGUCCUGGACUUCCCUAACAUCGGGAACAAUCUUCCUGCAUCUAGC